CUUUGGCGCAUGGUCGACCGACGCCUUCACUAACCUCAGCAUCGCUCGCGCACUCGACAGUCGGGCGUCGGAUGUGGUAUCUGUGUGAAGUGCUCGUGCUUGGUGGCAGGUUGGUCUUAUAAAGAAGAACCCAUUCCUUGAACAAAGGUAGGGUGAUUCCAAAGUUAUGAUGGCUGACCUGUCUCCCUGGAAGGUGACGAACAUCAAUAAUACUGAGUAUGACACGCCAGAGUCCUCGACUGACAACUCUUCUUUCUUUAAGUGGAAAAGUUUAUCUUCUAUUAAUGACGAAUAUGCAACAAAUAUAAUAUUUAUGGAACAUCCCGAAGACAUGUUGAAGCCAUGGAUCAUUAAUCCCCUCUUUUUUAACAUAAUUAUCACUCACUCUAUCACAUUUAUUUUUGGUCUGGUUGGCAAUAUUGUAGUCGUGAUGGUUAUGCUGGGGGACAGAAAGUCCCGCAGUGCUACCAACUUGUUCCUCGUGAGUCUAGCUGUGUCCGACCUUCUGCUGCUUCUGGUGUAUGCACCGCUCGAGACGUUGCAGUAUUUCGUGAUGCAGUGGGAUGAGAGUGCAGCUGUGUGCAAGAUGGCGAUGUACGCGUUACUGCUGUCUGCUAUUGUGUCUGUCCUCAACCUCGCCGCGGUCACGUUCGAGAGGUUCAUUGUGAUCGUGUUCCCGAUUAAGUCUCGGUCACUGUGCACGAUCAGCAACUGCAGACGUGCGAUCUUGCUGGUGUGGUGUUUGUCUCUAUUACUCACGUCACCUGUCAUCCUGACAAAGGAGACAUUUACCAUAGUGUACAGCAACAAUGUGACCAACGUGACCCUGCACUACUGCAACGAGACGCAGCAGAGCGGGAAAUUCGCGAUUUACCAGUUCUUGGUGUUGUUCUUUGUCCCCGGAACGCUGAUGGUCGUGUGCUACACGUACGUGAUCCGGGAACUUUGGCGCAGUACCAGAAGCAUGCAGGUGCUCACAAACAGCGUGAGCAUGAAGUCCAAGCUGCACAACGGUUCUGCUGAAGGGACUUCAGGACAGUUUCAUAUCAGCAAUGGAGCUACAACUUGCAGGACUGCUCUUAUGAACAGGGUGGGAAGGAAGCACAGGGGAGACGACGCAAGGAAAGCACGGAAACAGGUGAUCAAAAUGCUCAUCCUAGUGGUAGUCCUAUUCUUAGUGUGCUGGGGCCUACCCAUCAUCAUGGAAGUCAUCAUCAAGUUCAAUCUGCAUUCAUUUACUCCCACAAUGUACACACUUCGUGUAACUUUCAAUCUUCUGCCUUUUAUUCACGCUUGCAUGAAUCCUUUUAUCUAUUCAUUUAUGUCCAAAAAUUUCCGUCGUUCUUUGCAACGUCAAUUAGAAAAGUUGGGUUGCAGGAAAAGGAGGCGAAGUGGCAGUGACGUCAUGACUGGCCACGGGUCCUACUCACGAGCCAGUAGAAUACAGCGCGGUACUACCACAGUGCAGGGUUUAAGACACAAACCUGGGCGUGCCUCGACUUCUUCCAGUACUACCAAUUGUCUCACCGACCUAACUAAACCCACAGACACUGAACAAGCUUUGCUAACACUGCAUUCCGCAACUUCGGCUGUGUGAGUGCAGAUAAACGCUUUUAAAUCCCCAGAGUCUUUUGUACUAAAACUGUCUAAGAAUAUAAGCAUUUGUAGAGACAUACUUUCAUUUUAUAGGUAUUAACCCGUAGCAUAACAAACAUUGAGAGGCGGGACGCGUCUACGUUCUGAAACUGUAUUAUCGUCGAAAAAUAUCGAACAUAAAAACAUCGCUAGGAUCGGGCUGUGGCACAAAAAAUGUAGUUGCAGGCUUACAUAAUUCUGAGGAUUCUGUGACAAAACGGCCUAGUAGUAUUACCCAUUAAUAUCUCCCACAGGAAAUAUUGAAAGUAGUUUCAUACUCAAAACUAUUAGUGUUUUUAAAUUCAGUGGGCGAGAAGAAAGACGAAACGGCGGCUGAAGUUGUUCACUUCAAUUACCUACAUGUGGCAAUGACGCACAUUCAUUUUAUGCUCUCAACCACGGCAGCUCACUCUGACCUCUCACCAGAUACCUAUAUUCAUAACAUUGUAGAAACCAUGCUAACUACUGGUCACCUGUUCACUUGUACCACUGGUUUGCAUGAAAUGACUUAGUGUAGGGUCUUCCUUGAGAACUUUGUCAUUACUGUCACUCAAAUUUCGUGUGAUGAAGCCCAACAUUUUUCAGGUAGCAGAACGGCCGUAGUCUUUAUAAUAGCCCGCUUCAUAUUAGUGCUGAAGAGGUUGCCGAAGCAACACGGCGCUGUCCUCUUUUCGUCAGAGGCUUGCGUUGAGUAAAUUGUUCUUAUGUUUAAUUAAAACAUUCUUAAGUGUUUGACUGCGAAGUAACUAUUACUCGUGGAUAAAAUAAGAGAUUAUUAAACAAAUAGGAUGUCUUUCCCUUCUUUAACUUGAUUCAUGUCGCUAGAUUUAAAGAGACUUUACUUUUAUAUCCAGCAGAAUAUUCUCGUAAUUUAUCAUUUACUUCCAUAAUCUGCUUACAUGAUAACUUCAAAUCUUAAUAAAGGGGUGCUUAAGACCUGGGUAACUCGACCAUUGUUGCCGGGUUUUCUUUAUACAAAUGAUCAUUCGAUCAAUCGAUAGUCUCCAUAUUAUUUACAAAACACCUCACUUUGUAACUGCAGUUUAUAUUCGACAAGAGUAUCAAUAUUUUAAUGUAUCUUAUCUUUGUGGAUUGA